CAAUCCUUUUGGCGCGCAAGGCGGGGAAGCGCGGUUUAAAUGUUGUGGAGUGUUUUGUCGAACGUGAAAUGAAACUUCUGAGCUGGAAUGUCAAUGGACUUCGGUCCUUCAAGACGAGCGUAAAAGAUGUACUGCGGGAUCUGGAUGCAGACAUCAUUUGUUUUCAAGAAACAAAGGCAACCCGCUCCGUCCUGGAAGAGAGCUGGGCGAUCGUCGAUGGCUAUAGCUCUUACUUUUCGUUCCCACGUCACCAGAGUGGUUACUCUGGCGUGGCAACGUAUUGCAAGGACAGCUGCCGCCCGUUUGCGGCCGAGGAAGGACUGACCGAUGUGUGGUCCAGUGCUCAGCGCGGCGACUGCGUAGGUUCGUACGGCGACACCUUGGCUUUCGACAGCAAGUUCCUCAGCGCAGUCGACGGCGAAGGGCGUGCUGUCUUGACGUUGCACCAUGCAGUAUUUGGUGAAGACACAAAGAGAGUCGCUGUCAUCAACGUAUACUGCCCACGUGCUGAUCCUGAAAGACCUGAACGUGGUCAGAUGAAGUUGGACUUCUACAAUUUACUUGAACUACGAGCAAAGGCACUGCUGGAAAGUGGAGUGGAGGUUAUAAUAUUGGGUGACCUCAACACCUCGCACUGCAAGAUCGAUCACUGUGACCCAUCGGAGGAUGAGGAUUUUUACGCAAACCCUGGACGCCAGUGGCUCAGCAAGUUUCUUCUGAGUGGGGAAGGUCCAGAUGCCGCUGAAGCAACAAAAGGUGAGCCAGAAAAGCCCUGCUUUCACGACACAUUCAGGGCGCUCCACCCAACUGCAGAGAAGGCGUUUACGUGCUGGAAUACGCGACUGGGUGCACGCCAGACAAACUACGGGACACGCAUAGACUACAUACUUUGCAGCAGCGGGCUGUUGCCCUUUGUGAGCAGCAGUGAAAUCUUGCCGGAAGUGUUUGGCUCAGAUCAUUGCCCAGUAAAGGCCAGCAUCGCGUGUACGCCUGUGGCUUCGCCACAGUGCCCGUCUUACUCCACGAGGCACUGGCCCGAGUUUUCGGGCCGCCAGCAAAGCAUCGCAGGAUUCCUGAGUAAAGGACGUUGUACGUCUGCUGAGAAGGCAACGCGACCACCCGAAGCACUGGUCAAGAAGUGUGCCGAAGGUGGGGGACAGCCAGCGAAGAAGCUAAAAUUUUCAAAGAAUGGACAAUCCACGUUGAAGGGUUUCUUUGCGGUUGAGAACAAGGGAAAGGUCAAAGUGAAAGAGCCAGAUUCCAACGCAGGAGUCACCAGUCUUACAAAUGGCAGCGAAAGGGAGCUUAGCGACAAGACUUUUUCUUCCACAGAUGCAACAGUCUGUCAAUUGGCACCUGGGGACAAGUUUCAGCUCGAAAUACCUGUCGUGGAACGGGACAGUGUGAAACAAGCAAAUCACUCUAGUGCUUGGAAAAAUAUCCUCAAGGGCCCCCCCGCAGCGCCCCUCUGUAAGGGCCACGGUGAGCGGUGUGUUCUGAGGACGGUGAAAAAGCCAGGACCCAACCUAGGUCGUCAGUUUUUUGUUUGCCCGCGGCCUGAGGGCCAUUCGUCGGACCCGAAUGCUCGCUGCAACUUUUUCCAGUGGGUCAACCCUCCCAAGAAAACAAAGGCAGCGGCGGAAGUCUUAUCAUGACGACCGUGUCGGGUGCUUCCUUUGUGCUUGUAGAUAGUGAUGAAAGAACUUGGUGUUAUAGCAGUGAGCGCAGGUUUCACACCUCAAGACAUGGAAAGGCUGUGUACACUCACAUUCAGGUAAGGCGCUCAUUUCUCAGAAGCAGGCACCAAGGGGACUUCAUGUCACUGGGCCUGCUUUUAUAUAACAUACAAAUGCUGCUGGAUCUUGAAGUGAUCACAGCUUGUUAAAAAAACUGGGGUAGCAUAUAGACACUAUGAAACUUAUGAGAGCAAGCUGGAUUAUGUGAUUACAGUUUAUUCUCGUGAUACCUGUGUUUACAGUUUAAUUAUUUUUGCCAACUCAGUGGAAUGAUUCCAUGCGGUACAAGAUAGAAACAGUUGUCACGUGAUUUGUACCACAGCUUCUUGAAGAGCUGUGUUUGCGUCUGUAUUGUGGCACAGAAGUACAAGCUUUCUUUCAAUGUGGAAAUGUACAUACAGGGUCAUCCCUUUUUUGGGGGAAACAUACGGCUAGUUUUCCAGCACUCAUAGUGGCCUAUGUUUGAUAUCAAGGCACACAGAAAACCUUAGUUAGCCUUAUUUAAUCUUUCAUUAACAGAUACGUGAAGUCAUGAAGUGUAUCUGCCCAUUUAUCCUGAUAAGUUACAGGAAAUGGGAAGUGAUGUCAUGUUGGAUACUGCAAGCAUGUAAUACUGCCUAUUGCAAGUGAAAUAUCAACAUUUGCAUCGAUUUCACUUUACCUUUAUAUGGCUUUCAUAAGCUUUAUGCAUAUAAGUUAUGCAACAAUGGAUUUUCAAAAGCAUUUUUUUAGUGCUUUCUAUUAGCUAAAUGGAACAGAAGCAUACACGAAAUGCUGACUCGCCGCCCUGCAUCUCCUUGGAUGGUCGUGUUCACCUAUGAGCUUCUGAAACAUUCCCUUGCAUAUUAAUGUUGCUUGCCGAGAAAACUCUUGCAAAAUAUUUUGUGAAAGCUGUAGGAUUUAAGCUGACGAGUCCGUGUACAAACACAUUUCAAGAAGGAUGGCCACCUAUUGUUUUUAGAUGUCCAUGCUUGAUGUGAAUCAUUCUGAAGAAACAGUGUCCUGAUGGCAUACAGUCCAGCCACGUGGCACUAUUGCAGCAAUUUUAUGUUGAUCACUUGUGAUAAAACCCACAAAGACAGCAAGGUGUCUCCUUGUUCAAUCCCGUCACUUUUCUCACCCCUGAUGAGAUUUGAUUGCUAGGGCCUUGUUGCCUGGCUCCCCAGCAGUCCCUCAGAACCUUGAUUACAACGCUAAGGCAAAUGUUCUAGAGGUACAGCGAAGCGUCAGCUGCGUC